UCUGUAACGUUCGGCCUAAUCCUCAGAGGCGACAGUGGGCACCGCCGCUGCUUUUCUUGAGCGCAACAACUGCUGUCUGCGAUGGCUUGGUGUCAUCUCACCAGAUGUAAAACAAGGGUACAAGUGGUGUAUGUUGUGGAGCUGCUGGUGAUAGGGUGGCUCGUGACGUUGCCUGUUGAAGCUAACAACUUGCAAGUUGAGAAUCCUCUUGUUCUGCAGCCAAACUCAAACCAGAAAAUACAUUUCGGCUUUUCCUUGAGCCGCUACACCGAUAACAACCAAAGCUGGCUUCUUGUCGGUGCCCCCAAAUCCAAUGUCAGCAGACCAGACAUGAAGCACUCAGGUGUCCUAUAUAGGUGCUUACUGAGUGGAUCUAAUAAAGGUGGUGUGUGUGAGGAGAUGGUGAUUGAUUUGAGCAGUCACACACUUCCUUCUUGGGCUGCAAGUAAAUAUGUUGAUCAUGGACUUGGAUUUUCUCUUGCUUCUGAUGGUGAGGCAAUAAUGGUGUGUGCACCCCAGUGGUAUGUAGAGAGAGAAAAGUAUAAUGAAAGGAAUUACCUGCCAGUAGGUGUGUGCUUUGCUGCAAAAUCUCCCUCUUAUGAAUUCAAGGGAUUUUCUCCUACUUUUCAAGGACAGACUGUUAAAAGUAUGAGUUACUUGAAUACUGGAUCGUGCCAGUUUGGCAUUAGUGCUGCACAUUUAAAGUAUCAAAACACAUUUGCUUUGGGAGCACCAGGAUGCUGGACGUGGAGAGGAGAUACGUGGGAAGUUGGACUAGAUCCUGAUCCCGAGAAGUAUGAUUUGAAGUACAUGGGAAGUGGGUUGCCAAACAGUGUUUAUUUGGGCUACAGUGUGGCCAGUUUCAAGUUUGCUGGUCAAAAUGCUAUUUUAUCCUCCAUACCUCGAAGUAAGGAUGAUACCAUCUCAACAGAAGGAGAAAUGCUUGGACCAGCCAUUCUUGUACUAACACAAAAUCCUGAUGAUAACAAACUGAAGGUCAGCUACAGGAUCUCCCCAUCAAAAGCCAGCAAUAUAACGUUUGCAUUCUUUGGAUAUUCGCUUGCCACACUGGACAUGAAUGGGGAUGGACUGGAGGAUUUGGCUGUAGGUGCACCGUUCUACAAUAGUGAGGGAGGACCCUAUGACCAAGGAGCAAUUUUUAUUUACAUGCAGAUUGGUCCUGAGUACGAUGUAUAUAAGAUGGAAGAAGAAGACAAUGCACCACAGAGGAAGGGAAGUAAACUUUUCAGUCGUUUUGGGAGCUGUUUAGCUGCUAUUGGAGACCUGGAUGGCGAUGGCUAUGAAGAUCUUGCUGUGGGGGCUCCAUUUGAAGAAGUAGGUUCUGGUGAAGAUGCUGCAACUGGAGUUGUAUAUAUUUACAUGGGUUCUGAAGAAGGUCUUGGAAAGGAUGACACAAGACAGAUAAUCAAAGCAACACCAAAGCACUUUGGAUUUGGUUCAUCCAUUGCACAGCAAGUACCAAGUAUUGAGGGACAAGGAUAUGAUUUAGCCAUUGGUGCUUAUGAUUCUGAUACAGUUCUAGUUUUCAAGUCUAAAGAAGUGGUAAAUGUGACUUGGAGCAUGGCAUUUAUUGGGAAAAUUGAUCUCAGUAAAAAUGAAUGUAUCUGUGGACAGUUUGGGCAGCUGUGUCCUUGUAUUGGCUUGGAAGUUUGCCUGGAGUACUACAAAAAGAUUGUCAAAUAUGAAGACAAUAUAAAAUUAGGCUUCAAUAUCACUCUCAGUACAGUGUAUGAUGAACUUUUCUUUCUCAAUGAAAAGACUGAGUUUCAGGAGAAGUUUGAAGUUCAAGAAGGUGAAAACAACUGUAAGACAUUGGAAGUCCUGGCAAAGUGCCCCAUCCUCUCACAUUCACAUACCCAAUCUUCAUGCAUCCUGACACCCCGGAUACACAUCAUCAAGGGCCUCCUGUGUACCUUGCACUUCACCACUCUAACUAUUUCCUCCAUCACCCUAACUGUCUCUCAUCCUCCUAUAUCUUCCAGCCUGUUUGCUCCUCCCUCUAUCACCACCAGGUCUUUGGGCUCCAUCUGGUGGAGGGAAUUCAUCACCGCCUCACGGAUGCCCUGGAUAUUUGCCCCUGCUCCUCCCCUGGCCUCCUCCUGUAACUUCACCUCCUUACUUGCCUCCCCCAAGCUACUGUCCUCUUCCACCCUCAAUUCUUCACCGCCACUUCCCUUGGCUACCACAGAGUCUGUCACAGCCUUGUUGCUUUAUAUUUCCUAUGAAACUGACCUGAUUGUACAUUGGCCACAUACUAUUGAUGGAAAAUACUUCCUUUACUUGAUGGAGAAUUUUUCAAUUGGUGAAAUGGACCAUAAAUGCUUCUACCCAAGUGGAUUAGUGGACCCUUUCAAUCUGAAAGUUGAUGCACAGAAACAAGGAAGCCAAACUCAUGCAGAGAAAGCUAAUGUACUUGUAGGAAUUGGUGACAAGCGUACUGAGUAUAAAGAAGUCACUUGCUCAAUUGGAGAAAUAACUGCAGGUGAAGAGAUUAUUGUGUCACUCAGAUCCAGAUUGGUGUUGCGAACUCUAAAAGAGCUUGAACUGGGCACAGCUGUGAAGAAUGCAUCAUCCUUUAUGGACCUUCAGAUCACCAAAAUGCCCCUCAGCCAUGACCUGCCGCCUCCAUCAAGUUCUACCAUCGACACAAAAAUUUCAUAUCAGAAUGAGAAUCCAGAUGCAACGGUACCUGUAUGGGUGUACAUAGUGUCAGUAUUGGGUGGCCUUCUCCUGCUGGGCAUCAUUGUUGUGAUCUUGUGGAAGUGUGGAUUCUUCAAACGUAACCGCACGCAGACUCCAGAUAAUGUGGCUAAAAGUGAAGAGGAACAUUUGACAGAGGAAGGGAAGACAGAGCAGGAUAUGGCACCAGAAGAGGAGGAACAAGAACACAUUAAGACACCUGUCAGCCCUAUGCUGAAAGAAACUGAAAGUGCAGCUGCAGAUUUUGAGUUCUUAAGAGCAUGAUACUUAUUCAUGGUGCACGUUGGUGAUCAGUGCAAAAAUCACUGUCAUUUUCAUGUAUGUUUUAUUUGCAAAUUGUAAUUUGGGACUAGUUCUCAUUCAGAAUCUACUUUCUCAGUUUCUCUAUAAAACUUAAUUAAAUUAAUUAUACGUAGUAUUUUUCAAGGUUUAUUAUUGAUGUUACUUGUCAAAGUUUCUCAUUGGAUGAAAUUUGAUGUCCUUAGGUAAAUCUGAAAUGUGAAAGUUUUGAUAAAAUAAGGGAUAGAAAAUUUGGAUCUUUGCAACUAAGGCAAUAAUUAUUAACAUCUUUUUUAUUUUGUCGUAAUUUUCUUUGAUUUUGUUUUCUGUUUUUGGCAACUGUAUCAGCUGAUGGUCCUUUUCAAAGAAAUCACCAAUUCUAAUACAAAUGCAAUUGUAAUGAAGCUGCUUCAAUAGAAACCAUCAAUAACUUUUACUGAGAACUAGGCAUACAGUUAGUUAACCAUGCAUAAGUCAGACAAAUUUUGGGGAAGGCCAAUCCAAGUUAUCACACACAUGCACAGCCAGCUGUGUAAACACUGACUUUGGUGAUGGCAAUGCCGUGGCACGCACACCUUUUUCACAUCUUAAAGAACUUGGACAACUUCUCAAAUGACUUGGAUGAUAUAAGAGCUAUUAGGUGUAUUUUAGCCAGUAUAUAAGCUGAGUGGCUUAAAAUUACUCAAUCAAAGGCAAAAAAAAUGCCUACUGGUGCACUCGGGAUAGAAAGUGGAAAAAAAUCAUGAGCGUCUGACUUACCUGAUAUCCAGCUUAUCUGGAUUCAACUUAGCAGGGCUUACUAUACUUUAAACUGGUAUAGCUACGUCCUUAAAAAGCUUCUAGAUUGAAAAGACACCAUGUUAGCAGCCAGAAACAGGUCACAAUCAGAACUUUUAGCAAAUGCCACAAAUACAUCCAUCUGAAGUUUCUCCUAGAACGGAUAGGCCAUUCGUCAGAUAUAGGCCAUGGGGUUUGUAUAUCAUUAAGUAAUUGAUAUUGCACUGGUCAUUGAUUACAUGUAACAUUUCCGUCCACAGAGACCAUGAAGUUUUUGGUUUUAUUGUUGCUUGCUUUACUAGAAGCCAGUGUUAGUGAAUCGGUACAAGCUCUGGAUGCAUUGUUACAGUCGUAAACUAAUCAGUGCCAUUCAGUGUACAUUGAUAUGCAAGCGAGAAGUCUUCAUACAUUUGAUUGAUUUGAACAUUUUACAUAUUAAUUUCAGAUUUGCCUAUUUCCUGAUCUUUAAACAGAUUUAUAGAAAUACUAGUCAGCCUUUUUUGUUCAGCAAAAGUGAAUGGUUUUCAUAAUAUAAAUCUCUUUAUGAUCUCUAUGCCAUUUACUGCUGUUUACUGUAAUCUUUAUGCUAUUAUCAUUGUCAACAUGUAUUUUCUAGGGUCUCAGAAUCUGUACAACAUUUUUGUGUAUAAAAAGUUUACUUCAAAUUUUCUAACCGUACGAUCACCAGAUUAUUGAGUACAUGUAUAUGAUGUGUUAGUGUUCAAUAGGUUAAUAAAGAAAACUGUUUGGAAAUAUUUUAACUUGAAUAAUGCAAGUUAUACCUGCUUAUUUGUAAUUAAGCAUUUUCUUGAUGUGAAUGGUACCUGUAUUUUUAUAAUUAUUAAGCAUUUUCUUGGUAGAGAAGAAAAAAAAGAAUAUUGUUCCUAAUUAUAUAUUCAAAAGUAUGAAUGAUUAAUUAAUGUUCAUGCGAUCAAAUAUCGACAUGAAUUGAUUUUGAAAGACUUGUCAGCUGUAUUGUAAUAUGAAAUGUAAAAUAGUUAAUCAUAAACAGUAAAGUAUAGAGAUGUAACUGAAUGUAAAAUGAGUGUAUUUAUAAGGAUAUGUUUUUAUUAUUUUAAUACACUGAUUUUGUUUAAAAAUUUUCUUUUUCUAUUGGAGCAAAUGUUCAUAUGUAUAAAAGAAACUGAGCAAGGACUACAAAAAGUUGUAAAAAGAAAUCCUACUUUUGUGCCAUUUCUUAAAAAAAAAAAAAAAAAAACAGAAGAGCAUUCCAAGGCUGGAAUCCACAAAUCUUGCAAUCUGUGAUGGGAAGAAUUAACAACCUCUGGCAACUAAAUUUUAUCCAUGAACACAGGAGGAUGUGGUUGCCAUGGUAGCAAGGUGAUUAGCAGGUUCGUAAUGACACCACCUCCAAAGGUGGUGUUAAGAGUUUCCAUUGUCUUGUAUGAAUAUGAGGCGUUCAGAAUACUAGUGACGUAAGCGCCAAAAAUGGAAAACGGAGUUAAAGUUUUGUAACAUUCAGAACGCAAUAACUUUUUACUGAGAUGAGUUAGAAAGCUCUAGUUUUUUUUUUGCAAAAUGAAGCUCUAUAACAAGGCUUUGCAACCUUUGUAAGGAAAUUGUAAUUACAUUCUGAAGUUGCUCAUUAACUGCGUUUUUCCAAGGGGGGCUUCUGUAUUUUCGGAAUGAAAAAUUAAUAACAAUACUAAUAUUAAUAAUGAACAAACUCCACCCUUAAAAAAUAAUAAAAAAAUAAAAGUUACUAUGUAAAGCUCGUGUGUGUGUGUGUGUGUUUACCUAGUUGUAGUUUUACAGCGCCUGGGUUCACUAAUCCCAACCAAUCAAUCAAUCUCUCUCUCUCUCUCUCUCUCUCUCUCUCUCUCUCUCUCUCUCUCUCUCUCUCUCUCUCUCUCUCUCUCUCUCUCUCUCUCUCUCUCUCUCUCUCUCUCUCUCUCUCUCUCUCUCUCUCUCUCUCUCUCUCUCUCUCUCUCUCUCUGCCCACAGCCCCACAGUAUGUCCUGCACAGUAUGUUGAUGAACCCACAGUCACUCCCCAUAGCCCUUCCUCAAAUAAAAUACCUCCUCUCUCUCUCUCUCUCUCUCUCUCUCUCUCUCUCUCUCUCUCUCUCUCUCUCUCUCUCUCUCUCUCUCUCUCUCCUUCAUGCCCAAAAUAAGGAAUACAAUCAGUUGCCAUUAGAAACUUCUACAAUAUUUUUUUCUGUUCCAGUGAGAGUUCAUGAAACUCUUCCCAAAAUGUACAGAUGAAUGGAUAGCCUGGAAAAUAGAUUGAAGGAUUAAAUAAAAGGAUAAAUUGCUGAAAAAAAAA